AUGUCAAGCUUGAGGACCGAGACAACAACGUUGUCCCAGCACCCGGCAGGCCCAUCUUCUUCGUCAGGGAUGCUGCCUCGUCCAGAGUGUGAUAGAUCAGCCUCAACUAGCGAGUCUAGCGAGGCUUGGAGAUAUGCGAGACCCACUGCCUCCAAACCCGGUUACGACUUCACGCCAUAUCAGCUGGAGCAGCUCCGCAAGAUCGGUCCUGAGCCUGCAGGCAAUUCCGUCUCGCUACUACCACAAGCAAUCUCCGCCGUCAACUAUUGCCGCAUUGAGGGAUUUCUGCAAUCUCUACUGCCAAGCGUGGCUCACAUUUGGAGGCUGGUCGACUACCAUGAGCAGUACUUGCUCUGGUAUCACUGCUGCUAUCAUGGCCCGACGUUCCGAUCGGAACUUCAAAGCUUGAUCAGGGUGCAGAAUGGACAGGAAGUUUUGGAUGUGGCGAAUCUCGAUCUGCAGUGGCUGGCACUGCUCUUCUCUAUCAUGACUGGGAGCCUGACAUGCACCGUUGAGGCUCGAAUUCAAGACUGGGGCUUUUCCCAGCUCGAAGUCGCGAGCCUCUCCACGCAAUGGUACAAAGCCGUGAUCGCAUGUCUUGACCACGGCGAGUGGACAGUACAGCACGACCGCCGUUCCGUACAAGCCGUAGCAACAUUGACAAUGUCCGCUCAUGCGCUGGGUUCUUCGGGCGAGCUAGCGGUUCUCCUGGCAUCUGCUGUGAAAAUAGCACAAAACAUCGCCCUGGAUCGUCUCGAGUACGACGGUGAAGUUGAGCACGUUUAUGGCUCUUCGUCCGCGGAGCAGCGGCACCAUGCAUUACAGCGCGAUCUAGGAAGGAAGCUCUGGUCACAAUUAUGUGUGCAAGACUGGAUGUCGGCGCCAUCUGCAAGGAAUUACAUGAUCAACCCGCUGCACUUCACAACCACGAGGCCGUCCAGUCGAGAUUAUCUUACCAUGGAGUUCAUUCCGGAAACCUUUCCCACUUACAUCAGCUACGGAAACUACCUAUUCGACAUUGCUAAGUUGGUGGUUCUUCAUCAUGAUGCAACCCUGCAAUCCAUCACUCCCUUCACGAAAUACCAGCAGGUGCUGGAGUACGACAAGAGAAUGAGGAUUCUCGCUACCAAGGAGAUGCCACGGUACUUUCACGUUGUUGAGCCGAUAGAUUCCUUAUGGCCAGAAUGGGUCCAUUGGGCAAGAUCUAGCCUGACGGUCUCGUUCUCUCACAAGAUUAUCAUGAUCCAUCGCGACUUCAUCAAGGCGAGCUUUUCUGAUCCGGCGUAUACAACAACACGAGUGACGUGUGUUGCAGCAGCCAAAACAAUCCUCAGUGAAGCGAGCAAGGCGAAAAGCAUGAAUGGCCCAAUAAUCUGGAUCGACAAGGCUUUUUGCAUCUUGGCGGCCCUGGUGCUCUGUCUUGACAUCCGCCACCGCGUGGAGUCGGAACCUGAACUUGCACGGCACGAGUCGCUUGUCAGAGAAUGCAUCGAGCAACUCAGCUUGUUCAAGAGCAGCGCCAUCGCAGUGCAAGGAGUAAAGGUGCUGAGCGAAAGCCUUGCGAACAGCAGCCGCCCAAGCAACCAUACACGCAGCGUGAUCCAGAAUAUCGAGGGCUUUGAAAUGGGUAGUUCAACUUUGAUUUCGAAUGAAUCGCCGGCACGGGUGGAACGGGGUGAACGCAGAACAGUAGAGAUCUUUCCGCCUCAAUCGGGACUCAGCAGCAAGGCCUUGCUGGAGUUGUUUUCACUACGAUGA